UGCAUCAAGAUUCCAGCUCCAACGGCUGAGUCGGCUUCAGCUCUUCGCGUCUUCUCCUUCUAUUUAUCCAGUGACAACAAAGACCAGCCGCAAGCCAGUUUUGACUGCAUCCAUCAAUAUGUCUCAAGUGAUGGGCGUGAGCAACUUGAGGGUCAAGGGAGCAUCCAGGACAAGAUCACUGUGUGUGCCACCGACGACUCCUACCAGAUGACCCGCGAGAGGAUGUCCCAGGUGGAGAAGGACAGCUGGAGCCGCUCCGCCAUUGAGAUCAAACCUGGAGCCACACAUCCAAGCAAAUGCAUCAAGUACCAGAAGAGACCAGUUCCUCUGCCUGCUUCAGACAGCUUCUUGUCUAAGCUGUCAUCUAACAACCGGAGGAGCGGCGUUAUGGCCACUGCGACCCUGAAGCCCCUGAAGGACCGCAUCAUUCACUUGCUGGCCCUCAAACCAUACCGGAAACCGGAGCUUCUACUGUGGCUAGAACGGGAACGAGCAGGACCGAAGGACAAGGCCGAGCUGAGUGCCGUACUUGAAGAGGUGGCCAAAGUGAAUCCCAAAGACAGCAACUACUUGUUAAAGGAUGAUUUUUACAAGCUGGUGCAGAGAGACUGGCCGUGCUACAACGACGAAGAAAAACGGCUGAUCGGCCGGUUGUUGGCCAGGAAGUUGCAGCCGCAUAUCAGCAACAUUUCAAGAAGUCUUCAAGCACAUUCCAUUGUGCCGAAGCCCUCAGAGGAUCAAGGCAUAGCAAAAAGUUCUGCUGUGAAACGCCCUGUGCCUUUUGACUCACUUGAAAUAACGGCUGUUAAGAGACAAAGGCCUGCAGAUCAGAGGUUAAAACACCAGUCAACAGUAAACGGACUCUUGAACAAUAAAGAAGCACAUGAUGAUGCACCUCUGAACCUCGACCCCUGUUUCCACCCAAAGACUGAGUCUCAAAAGACAAGUAGCCAAACAGAUAACCAAACUGGCCAACCCCGGGGCCACCACAGCCUGAUGCACAAACUGUACAGCAACUCUGACAGACCUGUUUCUGAGACCAGAGAACAAGAGCCCAAAAUAAACAGCCAUCAGCCACCUCAGCAUGACUCCGACUUCACAGGGCAGCAGCAGCUUGCUAACAACCAGCACCGAAAGAAGAAAUCUAAAAAGCACAAGGACAAGGAGCGGGAGAGACUAAAAGACGACAAGGGAAGCGAAUGGUUGAAGUCCAGUCCUGAUCUGAAGCAGAAUGCAGACAAACUGGACAAUGCUGACAUCACAAAUGCCAUGACCUCUGAGGAGAAGCCGGAUUAUGUUCUCGCAUACGGUACCAUAACGAGUCUGGAGCAACGUCAGAGGUACCAGGAGGAUUUCUGUGCAGAGUAUGAUGAGUACAAAGACCUUCAUUCGCGGAUUGCCACCAUUACUCACAUGUUUGUUCAGCUUGGAUCUAAGAUUAAGAGCCUCUCCCCAGGCACACGAGAAUAUAAGAUAAUGGAAGAUCAAAUACUAGAAAAGUACAACAAGUAUCGAAAGAAGUUUCCGGGCUAUCGGGAAGAGAAGAAACACUGCGAGUAUCUUCACGAGAAACUUUCCUACAUCAAACAGCUCAUCAUAGACUAUGAUCUCUCUAAGGCUUCCUUAUAGCGUUUACAUAUUUUUAUACACAGAACCAUCUACUUUGCAUACAUGAGUGUCAAAGCCUUUCCACAUGAGUGAUUUCAAAAUUUUUAGUGAGACUGCAGUUGUGAUCACUGACUGCUUCUGUUGAGACCACAGAUAAUGCUGUGAUCACUAAUAAUGAGCUCAUUUACAGAUUUUUUGCUUUAGUUGCUCUGAGUUUGUCUGCUUGGGAAAACAUUCAAAAGGAGAAGCUGAAAAGGUUACCCUGCUAAAAAGUGAAAGCCUGUGGAAGCCUGUGUCCAUUUUAAUGGAAUGAUUUUAGCUGUAGCAAUGAGUUGAAGUUAUACACUCGUUUUCCACACUUUUUAAUCAGACAUUCCCUCAGGCAGUUUGUCUCUUUCCUACUUUUCUUACUUUUUAAUAUUUCCAUAAGAAUUGUAAAAGAGAAGACACUCUCAGUUUAUAUGAAAAGGGCUUCCUUUGGGACAAAUGAUUGAAGUUACCCACUUUAGAAAAACAAAUUAUUCUGACUGAUUUGUUCCUAGAAUUAGCCCUAAUGUUUUAUGAAACAGGAAGGUGAGAACAACCCACUGCAGUUUCCUGCAAUAGUUCGAUGAACUUUUGUGCAUCAAAUUACGAAAACUGGGUUUUUAUAAGCGGUAAGAGAAGCUUGUUGACCCAUUAAAGCUUACCUUUUUUUGUUAGUUUGCUUCAUGAACAAAGCAUCUGAUCACAAACUAAUAUCAUGUUCAUUUAAACAGUAGAAGUGGAAUCCAAGAUGCAAAAGUUCGAAAAGAUUCAACUCGCUGCCAUUGAUUGAUCUAUUGGUCAUCUCCCAAUUGCACUUGAUUUAUUCUAAUCUAUAAGUAUUUAUUAACCACACCAAAAUAAAAACCAAAAUAUAAAGAGUUUUGUUUUUUCAUCAUAAAUAUGUGUAAAGUAUUUUAACCCAGGAAGAUAAAAAGAAAAAAAGGGCGUCCAUUUCUUUUCGCAUAGAACUACUGAUGUAUUUAUUGUUAGACAUUUUGUCUCUAUUCUGUAACAUCGGCCUCCACAGCUUGUAGCGUCUGGUCUUUUUAAUCAAAGUGUUUGUGUCCGGGCAGCUGAGGAGACAACUUGACAGAGGUUGUGAAUAGGUUACAGGUAUAAUAUAAUAUCAUGUGUUUUGUCUUUGUCUGAAACUUCUGUGGGUUAGGGUUUCCCCUUCAAGCCUCCCUGUAUGAAUGAAUGAAUGAAUGAAUACUGCAGCAGAAAGCCUCACAUGUUUGCAGCCAUCUCAUCCAACGCUUCAGUUCCAGUGGUGCACUCAAAGAAAUAUAACAGUAUGAGACACUAGUAUUGUGUGGGGCAGAGCAGGGUGAUGAUGCAUAUGUGUUCUGCAUUUUUUUUGGGGGGUGGGGGGUUACUUAAUCCUUUUACAGGGGAGAGUCGGAGAAGUAGCACUAAACCGUAAACUCGAUAGUCAUUAUAUAAUCAGAAUCAGCCCAUGGAAGCUGAUUUUAUAGCCUUCACAUUUCAAAAUUGAUUAUCAGUGCCCAUUCCAGAUGUAACUGUUAAUUUAUUUUUGCUUUUUUUUUUUUUUCUUGGUACUGAAAAUCCUCACACCUCAAUGAAAUAGACGCCUUAAAAUUUCAUUUUUAUAGCUUCAAAUCAAAUCUGCCAAUACAAACAAGGAGUCGUUGUCCACACAUUAGCUGCCUUAUUUUACUGGUUUUAUUUAGAAUUCUUUCAAUAAACGCCAACAGUGGCUUUUAGUAUUUUAUAAGAUUCUUAUUCGAGUGCACAGUUUUACUGAGAUUAUCCACAGCAUCUAUAACCAUUCUAUUACUCUUUACCCAUCAAAUCUUCAGGUAUUUGUCUUUGGGUAUACCACAGAUCUUUAUGCUGCUGUUGAUAUUUCUCCUGGAAUCCCGUUUGACGCCGACCAUGGAAUUAUUUGUGUCUUCUGUGGCUUCUAUCACAGGUUAAGCACAAAUGUCUUUUUUUUUCUUUUUCUUUUUUAUGGCUAACAGCUUAUCUUU